UUAUAAACAGAAAUUAAUCGAAAAAAUUGUAGUUUUUACAUACUACAUUAAAUUAAAAUAAUCUACUUUAUUAAAAAGAAACAAAAUAUAAAUAAACUAAAAAAUGUCAUCAGAUGAGGAAGAUUAUAUGUCUGCAGAAUUUCUUGAGAAAUGUAUUAAAGAUGUUCGUCCAGGUUUGGUGCAAGAUAGAAGACGACGCAGAGAGUAUAAUUUAGAAGCGAAAAAAGUUAAAAUUUCAGAAGACCAGCAAAAUAAAGCGAAAGCUUCAUCUGCUACACAUCGUCUUCAAGAAGGUUUAAAUAAUCCAUUAACACCUGAUAACAAAGGUUUUGCAUUGCUGGCUAAAAUGGGAUAUAAACAGGGAGAAGCCUUGGGGAAAUCUCAAACUGGAAUAGUUGAACCUGUAGGAAUUGUAAUAAAAUCUGACCGUGCUGGUUUAGGUCGAGAGAAUGCAUUGAAAAAUCUCGAACAAAAACGCCAAGAAAUUCGUAAGAGAAAACUGGAAAACAUGGACUCAGAAAAUGAAAAAAAAUUGGAAGAUUAUCGGAAAAGAUUGAAAGUACGAAAUGAAGAAAAAUCUAUUUUACGAGCCUUUUACUCAUGUCAGAGAGUUUGUGAAAAGUUAGAUCAAGAACAAAAAUAUGAAUAUCCAGUAUUAAAGUGGUUUUGGCCUGAUAAUAAAGAGCAGAAUGAAGAAGAUCAAGAGAGUGAUAAUGAGGAUGAAGACGACGAAGAAGAAGAAUUCGAAUAUUUAGAUAAAUUGGAAGUAAUAAACGAUUAUUUGCGAACAACAUACAGAUAUUGUCACUGGUGCGGCGUUAGAUACAACGAUGAAAUAGAUUUGGAAAGUAAUUGUCCCGGACCUGAAAAAGAUGAUCAUUGAUAAAAAUUGUUGUCAAUCUAUUAAAAGAAAAUUAAUAUUGAAAAUAAAAUUUUAUUUAAAACAAAAUUAAUAUUAAAUAUUAUAAAAUUUUUAAUAAAGAUAAUAUUUACAAAGUAGAUUAUGUAUCUAAUAAAACGAAAAGUAAAAUUUUAUUUAACUUAA